AACUAAAUUAAUAUAUCCCCAAACGUCUUCCUUCCUCAUCUCCCCUACUCCCCAUUUCAACUUUCUUCCUCACCGUUCUCUCUCUCUCUCUCUCUCUCUCUCUCUCUCUCUCUCUCUAUCUCACACACACACACACAAUCUUCAUGAUCGAAUCGUCUAGAUCUGAAUCACGCCAUAGAUCCUUAACGAGCUAGUAAAACUUCGUGUUCGGUUCAGCAGUUCAGUUACAAUUGCACUCGUCUAUGGAUUCAUACUCGCUUAAAUCUGUCUCGGAUCUACCAGAUCCUUUCCGUUCAACUUUUAGUUUCAGGUAUUUUAACUCGCUGCAGAGCGAAUGUUUUUCUGCUUGUUUUCACUCGGACAUCAACAUGGUUAUCUCCGCACCAACCGGCAGUGGCAAGACGGUGCUCUUUGAGUUAUGCAUCUUGAGACUUCUAUCAAAGUUCAUGUCCCAGGAAGGAAAGUUUGUUCAUACAAAGGGAACUCUGAAAACAAUAUAUAUAUCCCCAUCGAAGGCUUUGGUACAAGAGAAGCUCAGGAGUUGGAACCAGAAGCUCGGGUCAUGGGGAAUAUAUUGCUUGGAGUUGACUGGGGAUAAUGAAUCUUACAAUAUAAGAAAUAUACAAGAAGCAGACAUUGUCCUGACUACUCCUGAGAAGUUCGACUCAGUGACUAGGUUUGGCAUCAAAGAUGGUGGCCUAAGCUUUUUUAGUGAUAUAUCACUAGUCCUUAUCGAUGAAGUCCACUUGUUAAAUGAUCCUCGCGGAGCUGCUUUGGAGGCAAUAGUUAGUAGAAUCAAAAUGAUUGGCCGCAGCCCUCAAAUGAAAACAAGUCCACUUGCGCAUGUGCGUUUCCUUGCUGUUUCUGCAACAAUCCCCAAUACGGAUGACCUUGCUGAAUGGCUUAUGGUUCCUACCCAAGGGAUUAAAAGGUUUGGUGAGGAAAUGAGACCUGUAAAGUUGACUACCAAGGUUUUCGGUUACACCCCAGCCAAAAAUGACUUUCUUUUUGAGAAGAGGCUUCAAAACUACCUAUUUGAUCUCCUUAUGCAAUAUUCUAGUCGCAAAUCUGCACUAGUAUUUUGCUCAACCAGAAAGGGGGCACAAGAAGCAGCACAAGUUCUGUCCCAGACUGCUAUGACUCAUGGUUAUUCAAACCCUUUCAUCAAAAGCAGGGACCAGCAGGAAAGGUUAAGGGAAGCUUCACUCUCAUGCGGUGACAAACAGAUGCAGUCUUACAUCCUUUAUGGUGUUGGUUAUCACAAUGGUGGACUGUCCCCUAAGGAUCGCAGCCUGAUUGAAGGUCUAUUUCUCAAUGGUGAUCUUCAAGUUCUAUGCACCACAAACACUCUUGCUCAUGGAAUUAACCUACCAGCACAUACUGUUAUAAUCAAAUCCACACAAUACUACAACAAGGAGAAAGGGAUUUACACAGAAUAUGAUAGAUCGAUGAUACUGCAGAUGUGUGGGAGGGCAGGGCGUCCACCAUUUGAUGAUACUGGAACGGUCAUAAUAAUGACAAGAAGAGAAACGGCCCAUUUGUAUGAGAAUCUGCUAGGUGGAUGCGAAUUGGUGGAAUCUCAACUGCUUCCAUGUGUUACUGAGCAUCUAGCCGCAGAGAUAGUUCAGUUGACCGUACCAGAUAUAACAAGGGCAAUAGAAUGGAUGAAAUGCUCAUAUCUGUAUGUGAGAAUGAAAAAGAACCCUCAAAACUAUGCAAUAAAGAAAGGACUAUCUGGUACUCAUAUAGAGAAGCAUAUACAAGAGGUCUGUGUUCAAAAAGUUAAGGAAUUAUCUGACUACCAAAUGAUCUGGACUGACGAAGAUGGUUUUGUCUUGAAGCCUCUCGAACCUGGAAGGUUGAUGACAAAGUAUUAUCUGAAAUUUGACACAAUGAAACACAUUAUGAAAGCUCCAUUAAAUUGCAGCAUAGAAGACGCUCUUCAUAUUGUUUGUCGUGCUGAGGAAACUUCCUGGAUACAGCUGAGAAGGAACGAGAAGAAGCUUUUAAAUGACAUAAAUAGUGAUAAAGAUGGCAGGCUUCGGUUUCACAUACUUGGAGAUAAAGGGAAGAUUAAGAAGCGCAUACAAUCCAGAGAAGAGAAACUAUUUAUUUUGGCAAACGAUUGCUUGACUGGAGAUCCUUUAGCCCAUGAUUUGUCUCUAACACAGGACAUGAACUCUGUUUGUUCAAAUGGGUGUCGAAUCGCAAAAUGCAUGAAAGAGUAUUUUAUAUAUAAAAAGAAUUACAAGGGAGCUUUGAAUUCAAUCCUUCUAGCAAAAUCUUUACAUCAAAAACUCUGGGAUGACAGUCCAUAUCUGCUGAAACAAUUGCCCGGGAUUGGUAUGGUGACAGCAAAGGCUUUACAAUCUAUGGGAGUAAAGUCAUUUGAAUCCCUUUCUGAAGCAGACCCAAGGAAAAUUGAGAUGGUUACUGGUCGAAAGUUCCCGUUUGGCAACCACAUUAAGGAAUCAUUGCUUUCACUUCCACCAAAAGUUGAUAUGAAGGUUGAAGAGAUCACGUGUCCAAAUUAUGGGAAGUCGAAGCUGGUUGUGACAUUAACAAGACUGUCACAGUCGCCACAAACUAAAAGACAUUACGCUGAUAUGGUUGUUGCUGUAGAGGAAGAUAACUUGAUAGUUUUCCAUGAGAAAAUAAGAGUGGAAGAAUUCACAAGCCCAUAUAGUGCAACAAUACUUGUUACAAGCCCUCUGCAAGGAAAGCUGACUGUUAAAGCAGAUCUGAUUUUUGAAGAAUUCAUUGGUAUUGAUGUACACCAGAAAGCUAUACUGAUGAAGAAUAUUAUUAACUAUGAUAUCCGCCAUAUAAAUGCAACAAAGAAAUUCUCCUUGUCCCAGCCAACCGAUGUUUGCAUAAUUGACCCUGAAUGCGAUUAUGCACCUAACGUCUCAGCUGACAGGCCUGACAAGUCAACAAAUUCCAAAAAUGAAGAAGCUUUCAUGCCUAGUUUCAAACUCUUGGAUGAAGAUUCAGAUGAAGGCGAGCCUGUUGUUGAGAACAACAAUGAUGAUCAUGAUGAUGAUGAUGCUGCUGCUGUUGCUGUUGCUGAUGAUGAUGAUUGCAAAAUCGUUACUGAAAGAACCAUUUUCGACCACAUACGUGAAAAAGCCAAAAGCUUACCUUCAUUGGCAGCCAAACCAACCACUGAAUAUCCUCCAUCUGAAGAGACAUUAAGUCUUAUAAGAAAGCGUACACGCGAUAGGCAGCUUGCACUCAAUGACACUGAAGAAUUUUUAGACCUGACUGAUGGUUUUAAUCCAUGUGAAGAAUCAAGUGAGCCAGACAAACACAUUCGGUCCAAAAUACCAACUGGAGAGAAUAUAUUUGAACAUAUAAGAAAGAAAGCAAAGAGCUUCCCUCGAAUUGAUGAAAUUAGGAGUAUAAGCUCCAAGCCAUCCAAUACUAACUUUGACUUAUUUGCAGAUGCAAAGUCAAAUUUAAUCAUUUUAGAUCCAGAGCCUGUGAAACCGCAAUGCAAAGAGAAAUCACAAAAGUCUCCAAGUUUAGGAAACAGGCAAUGCUGCUCAUUGGCAACAACAGCUGAAACAAGGGAAGGCACAGAUCCAUUUCGUGGGUUCAAGAGUGUAUUUUCGUUUCUGUAACUACUUCGACACUAUAAAAACGUAGCUGCAUGCCUUAGACUAAAAAUCUGCAUUCAUACAUGGUGAUUUCUGGUGCAUACUUCAACUGCUAUUUUUUCUUUCCUGUAAACACCAUCACCGGCUAGUAUGCGAAGUUGAUUAAAAGCCAUUUGAAAGGUGUUAUAAAGCAGGUGUCAUUUUCCAA